AUGUCAUCCAAUAGCAAAAAGAGAAAUGGGAGCUUCAAGCGUCGAAAUGGCGGCGAUUUUUACUUUCCGAAUAAGAGACCGCACCAUCAUCACCACCGCCAAGCCCCCUCAGGUUCACGGUACAAUAAUCCAAGCCCGUCGGCACCUGGUCCACCACAGCCAACAUCCCGUUUUCAACCUCAUAGGGAACAGCCGAGGACAAAAACACCAGGUUCCCGCUAUAAUAAUAAUUCCAGUGCUACAAUUGUACCGCCACCAUCUGGUCCAGCAGCAUUACGUGUCCCCGUGGCUACAAUCAUUCAUACGCAUUCAAUAGAGUCUAGUUAUGAGAGAAUCACUCAAGUUGGUGAGGGAACGUAUGGUAAGGUAUAUAAAUGUCGAAACGUUUACACGAACAAACUAGUUGCAUUAAAAAAGCUUCGACUGGAAACUGAACGAGAUGGAUUCCCUAUAACUUCUAUUCGCGAGAUUAAACUACUUCAACAAUGCCAGCAUGAAAACGUUAGCACCAUUGCUGAAAUUAUGUGCGAGGCACAAAAGACUGUAUAUAUGAUAUUUGAGUACGCCGACAACGAUCUUAGUGGACUACUGAUGAAUAAAGAGAUCAGUUUUACCGAGGCUAACUGCAAGCAUCUUUUUAGACAAUUACUAAAAGGAAUGGAAUAUUUGCAUGAGAGCAGAAUACUUCACCGAGAUAUUAAGGGCUCCAAUAUUUUGAUUGAUAAUAAGGGCAAGCUGAAAAUCACUGACUUUGGGUUGGCCCGUAAGAUGAAACAGGAACCGGACUACACCAAUCGAGUUAUAACACUAUGGUAUAGACCUCCAGAACUACUGCUUGGUACCACGAACUAUGGUACUGAGGUAGACAUGUGGGGAUGUGGUUGUCUGCUAGUUGAGCUAUUCCUGAAGACUGCCUUGUUCCAGGGCACUAAUGAAUUAGAACAACUGAAAUGCAUUUUCCAAAUAUUAGGUACUCCAUCAGUUGAACAAUGGCCUGCAUUCUUUGACAUGCCGUGGUGGUUCAUGAUGAUACCUCAGCAAAAAGAACGGUACCCAAACAAAUUUGACGAAAAGGUCGAAGGGCUAUUGCCCACUCAGAGUUGCAAGGAACUGGCCAAAGGAUUAUUGUCUUACGAUCAGAAGAAGAGAUUCUCUGCAACAGAUGCAUUAAAAAGUGUAUAUUUCCAUGAGCUCCCUAAACCAGAACCAUUAGACCUUGGAGAUUUUGAUGGAUGUCAUGAGUUUGAGGCAAGAAAGCAGAGGCGUAGGGAGCGCGAAGAAAGCAAAAAGGCUGCUGCUGCUGCUGCUGUGACUGAUAAUCCUUAA